AGAGAAACCCUCUUUUCCCCCUCUCCUAUCGACCUCACACCCUAUACCCUAACUGAUCAAGGCCGCUGCUGUCCCGUCUGAGUUGCGGCUCGCUGAAGAUAGAAGACAAGGAGGCCGACAUAAAUCUUCGCACAAAUUCAAGGUCCCACUUUUAACAGAAAUCCGCUCCAAAUUUCAGUUUCAUGAAGGUUAGCAAUUGUUAUUUCUAGGUAAUACGAUUAGGAUCUUUUCUAAAUUUAUCAAUUUAACUAUCUAAUGGUUACUUCAGUCUGACGCUGAUAAAAAAUUAUAUAACGAUAAAAACAGCAUUUCUUUUAAGGAACAAUACUGCUGUGCAGGAAUUUCCGUCAUCCUAGCGGUGUUCGGUGAGAACUUGAGAUUGAUAUACGAAAAUACUAUGCAUGCUACUUCUAUGUAAAUACUAGUACAAUUCUUAACUGAUCACUGAUGGUGAACGUCAUAUAUUGUAUCGCUACAAAUCAGUUGAAAAAGGCUAUGGGCUUUCGCUGGAAAACGUUAGUCAUAGUAUUGUAUGUGAACAAUCGUACUUAUAGCAACUACUCCCUCUGUCCCACAAAAUGUCCAACUCUAGCUUCACAAGGUAGAUACAAGGAAAGAGAUAAAGGAUCAAAAUGCCCCUAAUAAAUAGGAAAGUUAUAUUACUGAAUAGUUAAGUAAGGGGUUUUGAAGAGAUAAAAAUUUUUAAUUUGCGGACCAAUGGUAGUUAGGUAGAAGUUGAUUUAUUUUGAGAUAAAUUUUAAAUCUUAAAACUGGUUUAUUUUGAAACGCAGAGAUUAUGGUAUAAGAUGGUGUGUUGUUGCUGCAGCUACACCAACAGUCUAGGCUGCUGUAGCGCCACAGCCAAGGGAAGUAGGGAACGGAAAGACCCCCCAAAGUUCAAUAGGACACGGUGCUGAUGACGUGGCGUGGCGGUGCCCCACGCUUGCGCCUUUUUCUCCUUGGCCUUUUUCAUACUUUUCUUUUUCUUUUUCUUCGUCACCCAGCAAUUUCCAAACUAAAGCUCGAGGAGUUGGAGUAUGCGGGGGAUUCAGCAGAUACCACUUCUGCAUCACGCCGCUGUUCUUGCCGUGCGCUUUUCUCCCCUUUCCACCAGCUGAACUCCCGAUCGGUCUCCCCCGAUCAGAGAGAUCCAUUCAUCCACCCAGCAAGGCAAUGGAUGCCUCUGACCAAGGUUGCCGGCUGCUCGGCGCCCAGAGAUCGCUGCACGGCCUCCUCGGCGGCGGCGCCAUGGCGGAUGUGGUGCUGUGGAGGAGGAAGGAGGUGGCCGGCUGGUCGCUGGCGGCGGUGGCGGCGUCCUGGGUCCUCUUCUAUUGCUUGCCUGGCUACACGCUGCUCUCCUUCGUGUCCAGCGUGCUCAUGAUCGUGCUCGUCGUCCUCUUCGUCUGGGCCAAGGCCGCGCGGCUGCUCAACAGGCCACCUCCACCUGUUCCACUGAUCAAAAUAUCUGAAGACUCAAUGAGCAAAGCAGCAGCUGCAGUGGGUAACAUCCUACAUAAGGCACUACAGGGUUUUGAAAACAUUGCACACGGAAAGGACUCCAGUCUCUUUUACAAGAUGGUUUCAGUAUUACUGCUGAUCUCCAUAGUUGGCCGUGUGACUGAUCUCAUUACUUUGGUAUAUGCAUGCCUUGUUCUUGCUCUCACCAUCCCUGCAUUGGUGGAUAAAUAUGAAGAAAACAUUGCCAAGUUCUUAAAUCAAGCGUCAGCAAAUAUUCAGGCAUGUGGACAAGCAUGGAAAGCAUAUAAAUCUAAGAUUAAGAACUGAUCUUGGAAAACAAUAAACUGUUUUGAUCUCAUUGUACAGUUGUCAACAAAAUUUUGCCUUGUAUACUUGUCUUCCUAGAGUUAAACAUGUUGACAUCCGUCUUACUGCUCUGUCUGACUGUCUAUAUACUUCAGUCUUAGCACUGCAAUGUUCUGCGCUUCGGUUGUGUUUUCAGUUAUCUAUACGUUCUUGUGCUAUGUUUAAAAGAGAAACAUAAUCCUUCAGCCCAA